AAAUGAACAAAACGGUUAAACGACACAGAAACGAGGGAUUCUUCUCUGCUCGACUUCUCUGCCCCUUUCUGAGCUCAAAAUCAAUCGCUCUCUCGCUCUUUUGAUCUUAAAGCAUACCAAUACACUACCAAUAUAGAGAUCGAAUCCGCUUCUCUCUCUUUUUGAUUUGAGAAAAUUUUUCAGUUAGGUUUUGUGGUUUUAGUCUUUUAGAUUUUGGUACACAGGGAGAAAGGACUAUAUAUUACAAUAUCAAUGAAAACCUGAUUAAAAGACAAUGUUGCUCAAGGAAAAAGAGAGGGAAGGAAGGAAGAAGUUGAUGUUUCUCAGAGUUUCAAUCAUGCAGAAAUUUUUUGUAUCUUUUGAAAGUUUCAGUAUGUAAAUCUAGCCUUACAAAAAGUGGCUAACGACUAUAUUACAAACUUCUUCGGCAAAGAGGUUCAACUUUUGCUUUUCAAUCUGAGUGCUAGCGUGGCAUUUAUGUUUUAGGGCACCUACGGCCAAAGCUGUUAUGCAGAAACCAUGGGAGAUGGCAACACUAGCAACACCAAUAGAGGCAUCACAAGUAACAGCAACACCAAUGAGAAGCCAGAGUGGCUGCAACAGUAUAAUUUGAUUGGCAAGAUUGGUGAAGGUACUUAUGGUCUCGUAUUCCUGGCAAAGACCAAGUCUCCUGCUAAUCGUGGAAAAUCCAUUGCCAUCAAGAAAUUCAAGCAGUCUAAGGAUGGAGAUGGCGUCUCCCCCACUGCUAUCCGUGAAAUCAUGUUGCUUCGGGAGAUUUCUCAUGAAAAUGUUGUGAAGCUUGUUAAUGUACACAUUAAUCAUGCUGAUAUGUCACUAUAUCUAGCUUUUGAUUAUGCUGAACAUGAUCUUUAUGAAAUUAUUAGACAUCACAGAGAUAAGGGUCCCCAUGGUAUCAAUCAGUAUACUGUGAAAUCAUUGCUGUGGCAGCUGCUCAAUGGACUGAACUAUCUUCACAGUAAUUGGAUAAUACAUCGAGAUCUGAAGCCAUCAAAUAUCCUGGUUAUGGGUGAGGGAGAUGAACAUGGGGUUGUCAAGAUUGCUGAUUUUGGACUUGCAAGGAUAUACCAAGCUCCCUUGAAGCCCUUAUCUGAUAACGGUGUCGUGGUAACGAUUUGGUAUCGUGCGCCUGAAUUGCUUCUUGGAGCAAAGCACUAUACGAGUGCUGUUGAUAUGUGGGCUGUGGGGUGCAUUUUUGCUGAACUUUUGACUUUGAAGCCACUUUUUCAAGGGGCAGAAGCCAAAUCCAUGCCAAAUCCCUUCCAGCUUGAUCAACUUGACAAGAUUUUUAAGGUCCUAGGCCAUCCUACGCUUGAGAAGUGGCCAACUCUUGCAAACCUUCCACACUGGCAAUCCGAUCUGCAGCAUAUCCAAGCACACAAGUACGAGAAUACGGGACUGCAUAAUGUUGUGCAUCUCUCUCCAAAAGGUCCUCCAUUUGAUCUCCUAUCUAAGAUGCUUGAAUACGAUCCUCGAAAGCGAAUAACAGCUGCACAAGCUCUAGAGCAUGAGUAUUUUCGGAUUGAACCUCUACCAGGGUGCAAUGCCUUGGUGCCCUCUCAACCUGGAGAGAAAGUGAUCAAUUAUCCUACUCGUCCAGUAGACACAAAUACAGAUUUUGAAGGAACUACUAGUCUACAGCCUCCACAAACAGUAUCAUCUGGAAAUGCAGUUUCUGGAGGUAUUGCUGGCGGUCAUGGAGUGGCAGGCAGAUCUGCUCCUCGACCAAUGCCUAUGGGCAUGCAGAGAAUGCAACCUCAGGCUAUGGCUGCUUAUAAUAUUGCAUCUCAGGCAGGAAUGGGUGGCGGAAUGAAUCCAGCUGGCAUACCAAUGACAAGGGGUGUUGCUGCCCAGCCCCAUCAGCAGCAUCUUCGAAGGAAAGAUCCACCAGGAUUGGGGACUGGAUAUCCUCAACAGAAAUCCAGGCGCCAAUAGAGAAAUAACUUCUUGAUUGACAACUGUAAUUCAACCUUUAUUGAAGAACAACCCCGCUCUUUGCGGAAGGAUUCUGUUCAAGGCAUCCAAGGGAACUAAAGAAUGUUUUUUCAAUCAUGCCUUGUAUUGGGAAAGCUGGUUUAUUGUAGACCUAUUUUGAUGACAUGGCAACCACAUCUGUGAUUGAAGAGUAUCUUAAAUGAUGCUUAUGAAGAAAAGUUUCAAGUUACUAUAUCCAACAGACAAUGAAUCAUCGCUCUAGCCAAAGGUUACUUGAAAUAGUUGUAUUUGUGCUCAUUCUGUGGAAUGUCAUUCCUUAUCCUUUCAAGGGAUGUUUAUGCAUGUAUGAACAUGAUAACUGAAAGGGCAAAAAAAAAAAAAAAAAAAUGGGAAAUAGGUUUUUGUUGCUUCUGGAGCAGAAUACAUUUAUGGCAUUUUGGAAGUGAAGCAGGAUGAAUUUCAGCGAGGCCUUCAGCCUAUAACUCAAGAGAAUCUGUUAUAUUAAUAGUUGCAGAUAUACUUUCUUUCAGUGUCUCGAUAUUAACAUAGUCUAGGGGAAAAGAAAGAGCAACCUUUACUUGUUAUAUAAGAUUCUUAAACAUCUGUACACUUGAAUGCAUGACAGGGUUCCUUUUGCACGGCUGAUAAAAUACAAUCACUGUUGGCUGAGAAA